AUGCCCUCCUCAGCCCCCCUCAUCCGCUCCAAGGCCAAUGGCCAUGGCCACGGCCACAACGAUCACAACGGCCAUAAACCCAAAAUCCCCAUCAGCUACGACAUCAACAUCCCCUACGUCGACGUCGACAAACUCUCCCACAUCAACACCCCAUACCCCCAAUACCUCCCCACCUGGGAUCCCAUCUGGUUCGACCCCCUUCCACCCUUCGACUACCUCGAUCCCGCCCUGCGCGUCAAAGACCCCGCCAUGCGCAACCUGCUCACCCCCGGCGUAUCCGUCAACCACAUCCAACCCACCAUCGGCUCCGUCGUGCAUGGUGUCCAGUUAAACCGUCUCUCCGACGCCGCAAAGGACGAACUCGCCCUGCUCAUUUCCCAGCGCAAAGUCCUCGCCUUCCCGGACCAGGAUCUCAUUGAUGACGGGCCUGAUGCUCAGGAGUCGUUUAUGCGGUAUUUUGGUAAACCCAAUUACCAGCCCGUUUCGGGAACCGUGCGCAAUCACCCGGCUUUUCAUGUGAUUCAUCGCGAUGGAAAUCGCGAGGAAAUUGCCAGAUUCUUGGAUCAGAGGACGACUACUACUCUCUGGCAUCAGGAUGUUAGUUAUGAAAUCCAGCCGCCUGGUUAUGUCAUGUUGGGUCUUUUGCAGGGUCCUGAGGUUGGGGGUGAUACCAUUUUUGCCGCGACGGAUAUGGCGUAUAAACGGUUGAGUCCGACGUUGCGCUCGUUCUUGGAUACGCUGAAAUGUGUGCAUUCGUCGGCGAAAAUGAUCGCGCAUACUCGGUUGACGGGUGGUUUGGUGCGCAAGGACCCUGUUGAUACCGUGCAUCCGUUGAUUCGUGUGCAUCCUGUGACGGGGGAGAAGUGUCUGUUCUUGAAUGCCGAGUUCAUUACCAAGAUUCAGGGUAUGAAGGAGCCGGAGGUCAAGUGGAUGUUGGACUUUUUGAUGAAUCACAUUGUUACGGGACAUGAUUUCCAGGCGAGAGUUCGUUGGCAGCCACGAACUAUCGUUAUGUUUGAUAAUCGGUCGACGACUCACUCUGCGGUCGUCGAUUAUCUGGAUGAAGAAUACGGCGCCAAGGCACGGCAUAUCUUCCGGCUAAUCGCCCUGGGCGAGAAGCCUAUCCCAGUAUACGAUGAAUUCGAGUAA